AUGAAGAUCACCGUGCAGUCGUCGAAGGUCGUCACGCCCAGCUGCAGCGGCGGUCGUCCUUCCGGCGAUCCCGAGGCUGUUCCGCUCACGGUAUUCGACAAGGUGAACUACGACCUUUACGCCUAUGGCUUAUACUUCUUCCGCCCGCCAGCGCCGCCGAGCUCUGUUCUUGAGGCCGGGCUCGCCGCAGCGCUGGCCGAGUACCCAGAGUGGGCCGGGCGGCUCGGCUUCGACGCACGUGGCAACCGCGCCAUCCUGCUCAACGGCGCAGGCGCGUGCUUCGUCGAGGCCACGGCCGACGUCCCGCUCGACAGCGUCAUGCCGCUGCAGCCAGCGACUUCCGAGACGCUGAGCCUGCACCCGAGCGGUGAGGACGAUGACGCCGUCGACGUCGACGGAGAGCUCAUGCUUGUGCAGGUCACGCGGUUCACCUGCGGCUCCUUCGUCGUGGGCACGGCCGCGCAGCAUCUCGUGGCCGACGGCCUCGCCUUGCGCAGCUUCGUGAACGCCUGGGGCCAGGCCACGCGCGGCGCCGCCAUCGACCCCGUGCCCGUGCACGACCGCGUGUCCUUCUUCGUGCGACGGGACCCGCCCCGCGUCGAGUUCGAGCACCGCGGCGCCGAGUACAAGCAGCCUCGCACGCAGACGCAGGCCGGCAGCAGGAAGUCAAGGAGCAAUGUCGACGACAAGGUGGUGAUGCAUAGGGUGAACUUCAGCCGAGAGUUCGUCGUCGAGCUCAAGAAACGGGCGUCCGCGGGGGCGCCGGGGCCGUACAGCACGCUCCAGUGCGUGGCCGCGCACCUGUGGCGGUGCGUCACGAAGGCGCGCAGGCUAGACGGGUGCACGGGUACCGAGCUCCGCAUCUCCGUGAACGGGCGCGCGCGGAUGCAUUAUCCGCGAGUGCCCGAAGGGUACACCGGCAACGUCGUGCUCUGGGCGCGGACGACCACGACCGCGGGCUACCUGGUUAGGAGACCCCUCCGGGAAGUCGUGGAGGUCGUGUCCAAGGCGGUGGCCGCCAUGGACGACGCCUAUUUCAGGUCCUUCAUAGACUUCGCAAGCUCCGGGGUAGUGGAGGAGGAAGGGCUGGUGCCGACGGCAGAGGUAGACCCGUCGGAGACGAUGCUGAGCCCGAACGUCCAGGUGCAAAGCCUGCCGGGGCUCCCGUUCCAGGGCUUUGACUUCGGCUGUGGGCCGCCAUUCUUCUUCAUGCCAAGUUACCCGCCGGUGGAGGGCGUUAUUUUCAUCGUGUCGUCUUUCUCCGGCGAUGGCAGUGUCGACGCCUACGUCCCUCUCUUCAGCCAAGCAAUGGACAUCUUCAAGAACUGCUGCCACUCCCUGUCUGCAGCAGACGCGCGACUUUAG